GCGGAGAAAUCGGGGCGCGCGGAGGAGCACCGAUCCCCUAGCACCGCGGGAACCGGAAAGACCGCGCAGCCCGAGCGAGCGGCGCAGCAGCCGAGUUCCCGCGUGGCGCAGCGCGGCAGAGACGCUGGGAUCUCCCGGAUCUCCCUGCACGGCGCUCUGCGCCUGGGCGCCCUCAGACGCUGCUUCUUCGUUUACUAGCCGCCCGGGCAGGAGCGGCGCCCAAAUCGGGUGCGCCAUGUCCGGGGCUGGGUAGCCUCGCCGCCCGCCGGCCUGCCAGCCCGCCCUCCGAGCCACCCGCCAGCGGGCCGGCCGGCCGGGCAGUUGCGGGCAGAUGCAGUGAGUGAGGGGGGGGCCAUGGCAGAAGAGCGGCCCCCCCGGCUGGUGGAUUACUUUGUGGUAGCUGGCCUUGCAGGGAAUGGAGCACCCAUCCCCGAAGAAACAUGGGUUCCUGAAGCUAGUGGGCCACUGCGCCCUCCUCGGCCAGCUGAACCUAUCACAGAUGUAGCUGUCAUUGCUAAGGCACUAGGCGAAGAGGUGCCCCAGGGCUACACCUGUAUCCAGACCUCUGCUGGGGGCCACCCGUUAGAACUCAGUGCUGGGCUCCUGGGUGGAACUCAACCUGUCAUCUGCUAUCGCAGGGGCCGUGACAAGCCUCCUCUUGUUGAAUUGGGGGUGUUAUAUGAAGGGAAGGAACGUCUCAAAGCUGGCUUCCAAGUACUAGACACGACACCUUAUAGCCACUCAGCUAACCUGGCCCCUCCUGGCCCUGGGCACCCCCGCACCUACCUCACUUAUCGACGGGCAGCAGAGGGGGCAGGGCUGCAUGCCCUGGGCAUCACUGACCUCUGCCUGGUCUUGCCCAGCAAAGGUGAGGGCACUCCUCAUACCUACUGCCGACUGCCCCGCAACCUCAACCCUGGCAUGUGGGGUCCAGCAGUGUACCUGUGCUACAAGGUGGGCCUGGCGAAGGCCAAUACGCUGGUGUAUGAAGCAGAGCUGCUGGGUCGCUACCCAGAGGAGGACAAUGAAGCAUUUCCGCUGCCCGAGUCAGUGCCCGUCUUCUGCCUGCCCAUGGGGACCACUAUUGAGUGUUGGCCUGCUCACACCAAGUACCCAGUGCCCGUCUUCUCCACCUUUGUGCUCACGGGUGCAGCUGGUGAUAAGGUGUACGGCGCUGCUCUGCAGUUCUAUGAGGCGUUCCCCCGGGCCCGACUGUCCGAGCGGCAGGCACGGGCCCUGGGCCUGCUGAGUGCUGUGGAGCGGGGCCGGGCCCUGGUGGGCCGAGCUGUGCGCAGCCGAAGAGCCAUUGCUGUCCUGUCCCGCUGGCCUGCCUUCCCCGCCUUCCGAGCCUUCCUCACCUUCCUUUACCGCUACUCCGUCUCAGGCCCUCACCGUCUGCCCCUGGAAGCGCACAUCUCCCACUUUAUUCACAAUGUCCCCUUCCCUUCCCCACAGAGACCCCGAAUCCUAGUGCAGAUGUCUCCCUAUGACAACCUGCUCCUCUGCCAACCUGUAUCCUCACCUCUGCCCCUCAGUGGUGCCAGCUUCCUGCAGCUGCUGCAGAGCUUGGGUCCUGAGCUGGCUAUCACGUUGCUGCUGGCUGUGCUAACAGAGCAUAAACUACUAGUUCACUCGCUCCGGCCAGACCUGCUCACCAGUGUCUGCGAGGCCCUUGUCUCUAUGAUCUUUCCGCUGCACUGGCAGUGCCCCUACAUUCCGCUGUGCCCGCUGGUGCUGGCAGAUGUGCUCAGCGCCCCGGUGCCUUUCAUUGUGGGUAUCCACUCCAGCUACUUCGACCUCCACGACCCACCUGCUGACGUCAUCUGUGUUGAUCUUGACACCAACACACUCUUCCAGACUGAGGAAAAGAAGCCCCUUUCCUCUCGGACCUUGCCCCGCAAGCCCUAUAAGGUUCUGCUGGCGACACUAACAAACCUUUACCAACAGCUGGACCAGACCUAUACUGGACCUGAGGAGGAGGCAUCCUUGGAAUUUCUGCUGACUGACUACGAGGCAGUGUGUGGUCGCCGGGCCCGGCUGGAGCGUGAAGUCCAGGGCGCUUUCCUCCGCUUUAUGGCCUGUCUUCUCAAGGGCUACCGGGAUUUCCUUCGCCCACUUACCCAGGCGCCCUCUGAGGGAGCACGAGAUGUAGACAACCUAUUUUUCCUGCAGGGCUUCCUGAAGUCUCGGGAGCGCUCUAGUCACAAGCUGUACUCUCAGCUGCUGCACACCCAGAUGUUUUCACAGUUCAUUGAGGAAUGUUCCUUUGGCUCUGCUCGCCAUGCUGCUCUUGAAUUCUUUGACUCCUGUGUUGACAAGGUGCAUCCAGAACAGGAGAAGCCUGAACCAACACCCUUGGUGGAGCUGGAGGAGCUGUCAGGAAGUGAGCUCACUGUCUUCAUCACUCCGCCUGAGGAGCCACCAGUGACAGAGGGCAGUGACUUGACUCCCUUGUACUGUUAUGAUGGGUUCCCAGAGCUGCGGCCUGAGUUGUUCGAAUCUCCUCAAGAGCAGACAGGGGCCCUGCCUGUGCCAGGCCCAUCCCGAAGUGCCCCGAGCAGUCCUGCUCCACGGCGUACCAAACAGGAGAUGAAGGUUGCACAGCGGAUGGCACAGAAGUCAGCGGGUAUGCCUGAGCUGUGGGCCCGGUGCCUGCUGGGGCAUUGCUACGGGCUGUGGUUCCUGUGUCUGCCUGCCUAUGUGCGGGCAGCCCCCUCCCGGGUGCGCGCACUGCACACAGCCUACCACGUGCUACGUCAGAUGGAGAGCCGCAAGGUGGUGCUCCCUGAUGAGGUGUGUUACCGGGUGCUGAUGCAGCUCUGCUCACACUAUGGGCAGCCUGUGUUGUCUGUGCGGGUCAUGUUGGAGAUGCGGCGGGCAGGCAUCGUGCCCAACACCAUCACCUACGGCUACUACAACAAGGCUGUGCUAGAAAGCAAGUGGCCAUCUGGCACACCAGGUGGGCGCUUGCGUUGGGCCAAGCUCCGGAAUGUUGUCUGGGGGGCUGCUCAGUUCCGCCAGCCUUUGAGAGAACGGCAGAGGCAGCAGCAGCAGCAGCAGCAGCAGCAGCAGCAGCCGCAGCCGCAGCAGCCGCCACCGCCGCAGGCAGCAGCACAUCAGGAUACAGGCAGUUCCCAGACAGAUCCCUAUCUGGAGCGCCCCUCCCCUACCCGUCCCCUUCAGCGCCAGACUACCUGGGCUGGGCGCAGUCUGCGGGACCCAACCUCUCCCAUGGGGCGUCUGGUGAAGAGCAGCAGCCUGGGCAGUGCCAAGGGGGCACAGCCUACUGUGGAGGCUGGCGUGGCCCACAUGAUUGAUGCCUUGGGGGUCCUGGAACCCCGUGGAUCACCUGUGCCCUGGCAUGAUGGAAGCCUCUCAGAUUUGAGCCUAACAGGGGAGGAGCUGGCACCUGGAGGCAGCCCAGGGCCUGUGGACUUGGCCCUCACUGCCCAAUCCACUGAGAUCCUGGAAGGGCUAAGUGGGCGGGUGUCCAAGGCUGGUGGGCGUCAGGAAGAAUCAGGCACCCCACGACGAGGUCUAGGUGCCCGCCUUCAACAGCUGCUCACUCCUUCCCGCCGCUCCCCAACCUCCCGGGCUUCCCUACCUGAGCUCCCCCCUGACCUGCCUCUCCCAGCCCUGCGAAGCCCUAUGGACAGCCUUCUGCGCCCCCGAGAGCGCCCUGGAUCUACUGCUUCUGAGAGCUCAGCCUCUCUGGGCAGUGAGUGGGACGUCUCAGAAUCCUCUCUCAGCAGCCUGAGCCUUCCCCGAUCCUCAGAGCGCCUCACCGACACCCCUGGAUCCUUGCAGCCACCUUCCCUGGAAAUUCUGCUGUCUAGCUGCUCCCUGUGCCGUGCCUGUGAUUCACUGGUGUACGAUGAGGAGAUCAUGGCUGGCUGGGCACCUGAUGACUCUAAUCUCAACACAACCUGCCCCUUCUGCGCCUGCCCCUUUGUGCCCCUGCUCAGUGUCCAGACCCUUGAUUCUCGACCCAGUGCCUCUAGCCCCAAGUCCACCCCUGCUAGUGCCAGCAGCAACAAGGAUGCUCCCAUUCCUGGGGGCCCUGGCCCUGUGCUCAGUGACCGCAGGCUCUGCCUCGCCCUGGAUGAGCCCCAGCUCUGCAACGGGCACAUAGCGAGUGCCUCCCGGCGGGUCGAAGGUGGGGCCUGGGCAUACUUGAGCCCCCUGGUGCUGCGGAAGGAGCUGGAGUCGCUGGUGGAGAAUGAGGGUAGUGAGGUGCUGGCGUUACCUGAGCUGCCUGCUGCCCACCCCAUCAUCUUCUGGAACCUUCUAUGGUAUUUCCAGCGGCUGCGCCUGCCUAGUGUUCUACCAGGCCUGGUUCUGGCCUCCUGUGAUGGGCCCCCAGAUCUCCAGGCCCCAUCGCCUUGGCUACCCCCUGAUCCGGCCUCUGUGCAGGUACGACUGCUGUGGGAUGUCCUGACCCCUGACCCCAGCAGCUGCCCACCUCUCUAUGUCCUCUGGAGGGUCCACAGUCAGAUUCCCCAGAGGGUGGUAUGGCCAGGCCCGGUACCUGCAUCCCUUAGCCUGGCUUUGCUGGAGUCGGUACUGCGCCACGUUGGACUCAAUGAAGUACACAAGGCUGUGGGGCUCCUUCUGGACACACUAGGGCCCCCGCCCACUGGCCUGCACCUGCAGAGGGGCAUCUACCGUGAGAUUUUAUUCCUGACAAUGGCUGCUCUGGGCAAGGACCAUGUGGACAUAGUGGCCUUUGACAAGAAGUAUAAGUCAGCUUUUAACAAGUUGGCCAGCAGCAUGGGCAAGGAGGAGCUGCGACAGCGACGUGCACAGAUGCCCACGCCCAAAGCCAUUGAUUGCCGUAAAUGUUUUGGAGCACCUCUAGAAUGCUAG